AUGAAGAAUUUCAAUAGCUCUUUGGGGUUUUUACCUACAACAUUCAUUUUGGUUGGCAUCCCAGGACUGGAGGCAAGACACAUCUGGAUAGCUGUCCCCUUCUGUCUAAUGUACUUCGUCAUCUUCCUUGGCAAUGGCACCAUUCUCCAUGUUAUCAGAACAGAUGCAGCCCUGCAUCAGCCCAUGUAUCUUUUCCUUGCCAUGUUGGCACUGGCUGAGGUUGGAGUCUCUGUAUCCACCCUGCCUACCGUGCUAGGUAUAUUCCUUUUUGGCACCACUGAGAUUCAUUUUGAAGCAUGUCCUCCAGAUGUUCUCCAUCCAUUCUUUCUCCAUUAUUGAGUCAGCUGUGUUGCUAGCCAUGUCUGUAGACCGCUUUGUGGCCAUCUACAGCCCACUGCGCUACAUGGCCAUCCUGACUCUGCCCCGCAUCUUUGGCACAGGAGUUAUCAUUGGGCUGAAAAGCAUUAUACUCAUGGCCCCCUUGCCCGUGCUUCUGUGGCGCCUGCCGUUCUGUGGCCAUAAUGUCCUCUCUCAUUCCUAUUGUCUCCACCCCAACCUUAUCAUCUACCAUGUGGGGACACUUCUAUCAACAAUAUCUAUGGGCUGUUCAUUGUUACCUCUACAUUUGGGCUGGAUUCGUUGCUCAUUGUGGUCUCCUAUGGGCUCAUACUUCACACUGUACUGGGAAUUGCCAGUGGAGAAGGGCGGAAGAAGGCACUCAACACUUGUGGCUCCCAUGUCUGUGCUGUACUCGCUUAUUAUGUCCCCAUGAUUGGCUUGUCGAUGGUGCACCGCUUUGGACACCAUGUGUCCCCACUGCUGCAAGCCAUGAUGGCCAAUGCUUACCUCUUUCUCCCACCUGUCGUCAACCCCAUUGUCUAUAGCAUUAAGACCAAGGAGAUCAGGCGUAGCAUUAUCAGAAUGCUGUCAGAGAAGAGACCCAGAGUUUAG